UUGCUCUUCUCUAACAUGGCGGAUACGAAAAAAGCCCCUGAAGAAAAAUUCAAAAAAAAGCUCGAGAAGAAGCCAAAGAAGGAGCCAAAAGAUGCAUCCAAGAAUAUAAUGCGUGAAGUCCGAAUUCGGAAGUUAUGCUUAAAUAUCUGUGUAGGCGAGUCUGGUGAUCGCUUGACGCGUGCUGCCAAGGUCUUGGAACAACUGACUGGUCAGCAACCAGUGUUUUCCAAAGCUCGGUAUACAGUACGUUCAUUUGGUAUCCGUCGUAAUGAAAAAAUAGCUGUACAUUGUACUGUACGUGGCGCUAAAGCUGAAGAGAUUCUGGAGCGUGGUCUAAAGGUGCGGGAAUAUGAAUUAAAGAAAGAAAACUUUUCUGGUACUGGAAACUUUGGUUUCGGGAUUCAAGAACACAUUGACUUGGGAAUCAAAUAUGAUCCUAGUAUUGGUAUCUAUGGCUUAGACUUCUACGUUGUACUUGGAUAUUUUUUUCGAAGCGUCCAGGAUUUAACGUAGCACACAGAAGAAGAAAAACUGGUAAGGUUGGUUUUCAACACCGUCUUACCAAAGAAGAUGCCAUGAAAUGGUUCCAGCAAAAAUAUGAUGGUAUUAUUAUAGCUGGAAAAAAAUAAUAUGUAUAUUGUAA